UUGGGAUUUUAGUGUUUGGUUUGAGCUUACUAUUCCUAAUUUUGAAUUGUCGCGACAUCAUAGAUUCAUACUCAUUCAAAUUGAGAUAUUCCAGGCUCCCAAUGUCCCAUUGCCCCAACGCCCCUCCCAACCAGACUCCACCCGUGACAUUCAGAAGCUAAGAGAUGGCAGCUGGGCCAGAUAAACAGGGCCUAGGAUUGAAAACGGAGAGGGAUGACGCAGGUCGCAGCUUUUGCUGCUCGUGCAACCUAGAAGAACGUGAGCUCGACAUAGAAUUAAGCAGCAGCUAGCUUGCUGAGCUUGGGGCCAGCGUUGUAGAAUAAGCAGGGUUUGAAUUGGUUGAUACAUAAUUGGGAGCCUGAGGAGCCGGGUCCGUGUCCCUCGCCAGACUCCUCCUUGCAAGCCCCAGCUAAUUCAAUUGUGGAAGUGAGGAGGAGGCAAUAAAGCUAGAUUGUGGAUCGGAGACAUUCAGAGGUGACCGUCAUGGCAGAUGGCACAGCGGAAGCAAACACUACAGGCGAAGGUCCAAUUAAAGAUUCUGGACAAGCACGACUGGAGCAGCUUGGGUACAAACAGGAGCUUUCGCGGACUCUGUCUCUGCUCGUGAACGUUGCGCUCGGGUAUGGCACCAUGAGCAUUCUCAUGAGCAACACUGGGCUCUACGGGCUUGGCUUCACCUAUGGUGGCCCCGUGACAAUCAUCUGGGGGUGGCUUGUUGUCAGCUUCUUCGUGCUGUGCAUCGCAGUCUCGAUGGGGAUGCUUUGCUCCAGUUUCCCGACCGCCGGCGGGCUCUACUUUUGGUCCUACUCGCUCGCAGGCCCCAAGUAUGGGCCCCUCUGCGCCUGGUUUACGGUCUGGUUCAACUACCUAGGAGACGUUCUAGGAAUGGCGGUUGUGAAUUACGUGGGGGCAACGAUUCUCGCAACAAUGGUCGUGAUCGCCUCCGGAGAAGGGGGCGGAGUCGAGGGGGGCGCUUACGUGGCCACCAAGGGAGUGAUGGUCGCGUUUGCCGGGGGCUUGUACAUUUUGCAGGUGGCAGUAAAUGUUUUUGACGUGAGGGUUCUCGCGUUCUUUGGCAAAGCGGGACUCGUUCUGGAGAUCGUGGGCUUGGCUGUCGUCAUCAUUGCCCUGCUUGCCGUCAGUGAACGGAAACAGUCGGCGGACUUCGUUUUCACGCACUGGGAACCAGCGACGGGGCUAGGCAUCCACAGCACGUUCUACAUAUUCCUGCUCGGAUUGCUGCCCGCCUGUUUCACGAUCAACGGCUUUGAUGCGCCGGCGCAUAUGUCCGAAGAGACGGAGCGGUCCGACCGCACCGCACCGCUGAGCAUCGUCGUGUCGGUUGCGGUUGCCGUCUUCACCGGAUUCGCGUUCCUGCUCACCUUGACGUUCUGCAUUCAGGACCCCGCAACGCUCUUUGACCCCGGGAACGCAACCGCGGGCCUCAGCGCGGGGGGGCAGAUCUUCUUCGACGCGUUCGCGAGCCGCGGCUACACGCACAACGCGUCCGUGGCUCUGCUGAGCCUCCCUCUCGUGUCCUCCUUUUUGGGCGGAAUGGCUCUUCUCGCCGCCAUGUCUCGCAUCAUGUUUGCGGUGUCGCGCGACGGCGCGCUCCCCUUCUCCGCGGUCCUCCGGCUGACGUCACGGACCAGCCACGUGCCCGUGGUCGCCGUCUGCGUCUCCGCCGCCCUCAGCUUCUCCUUCGUCCUCUUCUCGCUCAAGAGCUACGUCGCAUUCAACGCGGUGACAUCAGCGGCGCAGAUCUCGGCGUAUCUGGCGUACGGGACGCCCAUCCUGCUGCGGAUGCUCAACCCGGGGGCCUUCGUACCGGGGCCGUUUGACAUGGGAAAGUGGAGUUACGUCUUCGGAACGAUCUCCAUCGCGUAUAUCUCCUUCAUGUGCGGCGUGUUCUGCUUGCCGACCGUCUACCCGAUCACCAGCGACACGCUCAACUGGGCUCCAGUUAUUCUCGCUAGCGUCAUCAUACUAGCUUCCGUGGUCUGGGUGACGUAUUCUCGGGAUCGCUACCUGAGCAACCGGAAAGGGCUUGUGACACCAGGGAACGUUGGAAAAGCUGGGCUCAUCGAUCAUAAGUUAUGAAACAGCCGUUUCAGAUAUGACAGGACGCUAUUAAGCUACUCAAGUGUCGGACUGAGCUUCCAACGGGCACGAUGCGUCAAAAGGUUCCUCGAGCAAAACGUGGAUCCUUUCGUUCAAGGAAAAGGGCAGAAGGUGCUUGUAUACCGGUACAGGUGACUCGUAUAUCUAACUGUGCACUGGAUUGUCAAGCUUCUCGAGCUUUUGUGGAACAUACUAUAAUUAAUGUAUGGCCCUGUGCCAUCUUAUAUGAACUCGAAGCAGUUGUACGUAAGUUUAGGAUCAGUGACGAGCAGAUGUACGCUCGUUUGUCUAGAGCAGGCUUGACCGCCAUAAGUUGAGUCACUAAGGGCGAUCCAGUCAAACUUCUGUAGGUUAACAUGACUCAAGCUAGCAUUGGAUAAUAGACCCGGUUGGGCCCGGCCUCGACCAUCACUUUCCCAGAGGCUCUGCAUUCGUAUACGUGCCAAACCCGUAGAUUUUGAUUGAACGUUGAAUGCCUCUUGAAAGGGCAUACGCAAAAUAGGUAGAAUCACUUCGAUCCACUCAUAGGGCGGUCACAUAUGAGUUCUCGGG